UAUGGCGCCGAGCGCCGGGUGAGCGGCGCUUUGGCGGCGGGUCUCCAUCUCUCUGCCCUGGGGCAUCAUCCUUCCGGGGAGGGGAGGAGGGGCUCCAGAAUGGCUGAGGAGAAGAAGCUGAAGCUGAGCAACACCGUGCUGCCCUCGGAGUCCAUGAAGGUGGUGGCCGAGUCCAUGGGCAUCGCUCAGAUUCAGGAGGAGACCUGCCAGCUGCUGACGGAUGAGGUCAGCUACCGCAUCAAAGAGAUCGCACAGGAUGCCUUGAAGUUCAUGCACAUGGGGAAGCGGCAGAAACUCACCACCAGUGACAUUGACUACGCACUGAAGCUAAAGAACGUUGAGCCACUGUAUGGCUUCCAUGCUCAGGAAUUCAUUCCUUUCCGUUUCGCCUCUGGUGGUGGCCGGGAGCUUUACUUCUACGAGGAGAAGGAGGUUGACCUGAGCGACAUCAUCAACACCCCUCUGCCCCGGGUGCCCCUGGACGUCUGCCUCAAAGCUCACUGGUUGAGCAUCGAAGGCUGCCAGCCCGCGAUUCCAGAGAACCCACCCCCAGCUCCCAAGGAGCAGCAGAAGGCCGAGGCCACAGAACCCCUGAAGUCAGCCAAGCCAGGCCAGGAGGAAGAUGGCCCCUUGAAAGGCAAAGGUCAGGGGGCCGCUCCAGCUGACGGCAAAGGGAAAGAGAAAAAGGCGCCACCCCUGCUGGAGGGGGCACCUCUGCGACUGAAGCCCCGAAGCAUCCACGAGUUGUCAGUGGAGCAGCAGCUGUACUACAAGGAGAUCACCGAGGCCUGUGUGGGCUCCUGUGAGGCCAAGAGAGCGGAGGCUCUGCAGAGCAUCGCCACGGACCCAGGUCUCUACCAAAUGCUGCCACGCUUCAGCACCUUCAUCUCGGAGGGGGUGCGUGUGAAUGUGGUGCAGAACAACCUGGCCCUGCUCAUCUACCUGAUGCGCAUGGUCAAGGCGCUGAUGGACAACCCUACCCUGUACCUCGAGAAAUACGUGCACGAGUUGAUCCCAGCUGUGAUGACCUGCAUCGUGAGCCGGCAGCUGUGCCUGCGGCCAGAUGUGGACAACCACUGGGCGCUGCGGGACUUUGCCGCCCGCCUGGUAGCCCAGAUCUGCAAGCACUUCAGCACGACCACGAACAACAUCCAGUCCCGCAUCACCAAGACCUUCACCAAGAGUUGGGUGGAUGAGAAGACCCCAUGGACAACGCGCUACGGCUCCAUUGCAGGCCUGGCGGAGCUGGGACACGAUGUGAUUAAGACACUGAUUCUGCCGCGGCUGCAGCAGGAGGGGGAGCGGAUCCGCGGGGUUCUAGAUGGCCCGGUGCUGAGCAACAUUGACCGCAUCGGGGCUGACCAUGUGCAGAGCCUCCUCCUGAAACACUGUGCCCCUGUCCUGGCAAAGCUGCGCCCGCCGCCUGACAAUCAGGACGCCUAUCGGGCAGAAUUUGGGUCCCUUGGGCCCCUCCUCUGCUCGCACGUGGUCAAGGCCCGGGCUCAGGCUGCACUGCAGGCUCAGCAGGUCAACAGGACCACCCUGACCAUCACUCAGCCCCGGCCCACGCUGACCCUCUCACAGGCCCCCCAGCCUGGCCCUCGGACCCCCGGCUUGCUGAAGGUCCCUGGCUCCAUCGCAUUGCCUGUCCAGACGCUGGUGUCUGCGCGAGCUGCUGCCCCCCCACAGCCGUCCCCGCCGCCAACCAAGUUCAUCGUCAUGUCCUCGUCCUCCAGCGCCUCAUCCACCCAGCAGGUCCUGUCCCUCAGCACCUCAGCCCCAGGCUCCGGUUCCACCACGACCUCUCCCGUCACCACCACCGUCCCCAGCGUGCAGCCCAUCGUCAAGCUGGUCUCCACCGCCACCACCGCGCCCCCCAGCACUGCCCCCGCUGGUCCUGGCAGUGUCCAGAAGUACAUCGUGGUGUCUCUGCCGCCCACAGGGGAGGGCAAAGGAGGCCCCGCCUCCCAUCCUUCUCCCGUCCCUACCCCAUCCUCAGCCCCCUCCCCACUUGGGGGCAGCGCCCUCUGUGGGGGGAAACCGGAAGCUGGGGAGAGCCCCCCUCCUGCUCCAGGGACUCCAAAGGCUAAUGGCUCACAGCCCCCAGGGACCGGCUCCCCUCCUCCCGCACCCUGAUGGCUGACCUUCUCCCUGGAUUCUCUCUCCCACACACAGACACACACAUGCUGGGUGGAAGGAGGUAGUAGCCAGCUUCCCUCCAUGUGACUGUCUCUUUAGAUAUUGUACAGCCAGUUGCUCAGAAUAAAAGUUUGAUUUUUAAAUUG